GGCGGUGCGGUGCGGGCGCAGGGCUGCCCGGCCGGCCACUGGCGCCGCGGUCUCGCCGCCGCCGGAGCCGCUGGUCGCGGCCUCCCGCCCGCGUCUUCGCUCGCAAUAUGCCUCCGCUGCCCUCAGGCUGCUCGCCAUGCCGGGGACCUGUGCGGGCCUCUCCUCCUUGCUCCUGGGGCUGGCGGCCGCGAUGCUGCUGCUGAUGGGGCGGCCGCCUCCCGUCGACGCCGCAGCCGCCACCCGCCCGCAGCAGCAGCGGGCGGCGCUGCCGGGGGGUGUCCCCGCCGCCGCGGCCGCCUCAGGAUCUGUUUUUACGCUAAAAGUUCAAGUAAAUGACAUCAUCAGUCAUCAGUACCUGCGACAAGCGGUUGUAGAAGUGUUUGUUAACUACACAAAGACAAAUUCUACUCUUACUGGAAACAAUGGAGCUGUGUUAAUAAAAGUUCCCUACAAAUUGGGAUUAAGCUUAACUAUCGUAUCAUACAAGGAUGGCUACAUUUUAACACCUUUGCCUUGGAAGAUUGGGAGAAUGCCAAUAUACUCGUCUGUGACGCUUUCGUUAUUCCCACAAAGUCAAGCUAAUAUAUGGCUGUUUGAAGAUACUAUCUUAAUUACUGGAAAACUGUCUGAUGCCAAAUCUCAACCAAGUGUUCAGUUUCCAAAAUUUUUAAUAAAGCUUCCAGCAAAUCACCAUAUUACAAAUGUUACCGCCUAUCUGACAGUGCCAGAGCAAUUUUUGAAAGUGGACAGCUUUCUUUAUACAACAGGGAUUCUUCUUAAUAAAUCAGGUUACAAAAGCAUGGAAUUAGCUCCUCUUGCUGCAAUAUGCGUAAACGUUCUUUUGACUGGGAAAGAACUGAAAGUAAAUGGUGCCAUUCAGAUUACGCUUCCUCUUUCCACAAGUACUGUAAAAUUGGGAGAUGCUAUACCUGCAUGGACAUUCGAUAUGACAACUGGUGCUUGGGUAAGCCGUGGGCUAGGAAUCGUAAAGGAAGCAGAUGGUCAAUUAGUAUGGGCAUACACUGCUCAACACUUAGGCUACUGGAUAGCAGCUCCGCUGCCUGGAACAAGAGAAUCUAUUAUUAGUGCGGUUUCCAAGGACAUAACAGCCUAUCACACGGUGUUCCUUACGGCCAUACUGGGAGGUACUGUUGUCAUUAUCAUUGGAUUUUUUGCUGUUCUUCUUUGUUACUGCAGGGAUAAAUGUGGUCGGACACAAAAGAAGGAAAAAAAUACAACUAAGCUGGAGGUCAUAAAAAAAGAUCAGACAACAUCAACAACUCACAUAAAUCACAUCAAUGCUGUCAAAGGGUCUUUAAAGUUGGAGGAUAAGUCACAGUUGUAUACACAGAAGAUUUCUUCAUACAGCCCCCAAAGAAGGAUGUCCAUAGACACAGAAGAUGGAAAAUCACGAGACAAUUUUAAAAUGUACGCAGAGGAUGCUUCCUAUCAGUCAUCCUGUCAGACUGGUCAGUCAAGAAAUUCAGCCCAUUCGUUGGAGCCUAAUGCUGUAGCUAGGCAUUUACAGCAGCAGAAGCAUGGUAACAGUACUGUUUCCCAGGUUCCUAGGGACAUUCAGGACCAAAACAGGUACCUUUCACUGAAAGAGGAGAUGUAUGGGCUUUCCCAUAUCCCAGAACAUCUAAUGCAUAUUUACAAUCAACCUAUUGCUAUUCUUCAAACUUCUGACCUUUUCCACUCCCCAGAACAAUUGCAUCCUGCUAAAUCAGCAACUUUGCCAAGAAAAGGGCAAUUAGUAUAUAGCCCCAUGGUGGAACCCAUGAAUCGUGACAGUUACAUGCAAACGUUACCGAAAAUGCCAUUGCACUCUCAUCCACAGCCUUCUGUCUGCAGAGAUGAAAACAGCACAUUAGAUAGUGAAGAGGGCUUACCUUCUCAAACAUCAAACUGGGGCCGGUACACUAACAGCUUACUGGAAUCUGUGUCUGUUCCUGGGACAUUGAACGAAGCAGUUGUAAUGACUCCAUUUUCAUCUGAACUUCAAGGUAUUUCAGAACAAACAUUAUUGGAACUCUCUAAAGGAAAACCAUCUCCGCACCCCCGAGCAUGGUUUGUCUCCCUGGAUGGGAAGCCGAUCGCUCAAGUGAGGCAUUCUUUCAUAGAUCUGAAAAAGGGCAGAAAAACAGAGAGUAAUGAUACCAGUCUGGACUCUGGUGUGGACAUGAAUGAGCAUCAUCCCAGUAGGAAACUGGAGAGAGAGAAAACUUUCAUAAAAAAUAUGCCACAUUCGAAGAUCCUUUAUUUGGAAGAUCUGGAUUUGAGUAGCAGUGAAAGUGGGACUACUGUUUGCACUCCAGAGGACCAGGCUGUGAGGCACAUUCUGGAUGGAGGGAAUGGGCCAGCUGUAGAGCAGCAUGAUGAAGAAGGUCUAAGAAGAAAAACCGUAUCAGGAAGUCAUGAAUCUGGUAUCCCUUCUGCUAAAAAAAGGGAUAGACCGUCUAUCAUGAAAAGAGAUAGCAAAAACAAUAUCUGGAAGAAAAGAGAGGAGAGGCCACUUAUUCCUAUAAAUUAAAACACAAUGUGCUUUGUGUUGUUGCUUUCCCUGCUGGUUAUUGACCUCUUGGCUGCUUCUGUAAUGCUGCAGUGUUGGAUUUACAAGGGAAAUGUUGUUUUCUAGUAUCAAGAAAAGUUACAUUUUUUUAAAAUAUACAGAUUGAGUUACUAAAUGUCAACUGGGCAGUUGAUAUUCAAUGUGAACUGAAAACAGGGAUAUGCUACUACUAAAAUUUUCCAGUUCUUGAUUUUGCUGUCAGUAUAGGGAAGGCCCACAUUUUAAUUAGCCUGUCAUUCUUGGAUGUACCUCUGGGAAUGCACAGUGAGAAAUGUAGGCAUGCAUUCUAAUUUUUUCAUACUUAUUGCUAAUUCAUUGGUAGACUAGUUAAAGCCAUCCCUCAGCCUUGUUCCUAAUCAAUGUGACCAUCUGUACAGUAUUUUAUAUGUGAACUUUUCUAGGGAUCUGUUACUGCUUCUUUGUAUGAUGUAAAAUGUUUCAUCAGUUACUUCCAUGACACCAGCAGAUGAGCUCUGUUGGAUUUAGGAGCGGAGCUUUAUAGCAUUACUGCCCUCCCUGUGUGCCCAUCCCGCUGCAAAAGGUUGCCAUUCCAUAUAGCAGUGGCAGAAGGGGGAAGUCUACAAGCUCUGUGACCACUGCAAUUCGUGGUCCCUGCUGUCUUAAGAUGUUGCCAGUCUGCUUUGCUUUAAUCUGCUUUGUUAUGAACUGUGGACGUUGAAGAUUGUCAUCUGCUGUGAAGUGGCCACAUCCAGCAGAAAAGGACUGGUUCUGGUAGCAUGUGGAGCUGCCGCUUCUGCUGAUCCCAAUGUCUUGUUUUGGCUUCAUCAUUAGUUAAAAUCUCUUCUGCAUGCUGUUGAGCCAGUUGAAUCUUGAAUCCCUGCAGAUUUGUAAGUUAGAGUUUGGCCCAUAAUGAAAAGGUAUGCAAGUUUAGACAAAUUAAGCCUUUGAAAUAGUUUCCCUUAGCAGGAAAGUUCAAGACUGUUACUUUUUAUUUUUUGUUUUAAAAAAUGGAAGAUCAUCGCAGGUUUAUGUGCCUACAUUUUGCCAGCCUGAGCUGCUUUUGUCUAGGUUGUGCAUCACAGAGGGGUUAAACAGGCUUUAAAAGUUGGGGGUUUUUUUAUGAGCAUGAGAGAGCAGAUCGCAAAAUUUGGUCUAUACUGUAAUAUAAAUACUACUUAUGACUCAUCUUAGAGUUAAAUUUACCAAAAGUCAUGAAUGCAUGAAAUGUAACUAAGAUAUGUAUAGAGGAAGGAAAAGGCCAUCAGAAUAUUCUUUAUUUUUAAUGUUCAUCUUGUCAAAGUGAUCGUUUCAGCUUUGGCUAACAGAAAAGUAGAUGCAUCCCUUAAUGUGCAUCAUACAGUGGUAUAUAGAACGUCUUUCUGUGGCUUUUAAUCUGUUCCGCUGAUGAAAUAAGUUCCAGCAUUUUGGCUCUGGCAAUUUGAUUAUAAAUCAUCCUAAAAAAGCUUUAUAAAUGUUUCCCUUAGAGCUUGGUUAAGGUUCUAUACCAAGACCCAAACAUACAAUGCCUGUAUCUGAACUGUGGGUUGAGGUACACUCAGUGGUCUGCCCUGUAGAACACUCGAGAGUUGUAGGAGAGUUCCUACGCAGCUGGGCUUCUGGGAAUACUUACUCAGGAAACACUACUGUGAAAUGUCUCUUGUUUUGGGAUUGACAGUUUUUGAGUCCUUUUUCUAGAAGAAUAUGCAAGGUAACCAGAAUGGUACUAGCAAUACAUUAAUCCACCUUUCUGGUGUGCAGUUGCUUCAUGAACAAAAUAUGAUGUUCCUCUUGAGUUCACACGUAAGUUUAAGAUAAGUGCUCAGAUAAGUCCAUAAUUUUAAUUGGCCAAAAUAAUUUGGCUUAAUUAUACAACUUACCUGCUUCAGAGGUGAAGAAGGCGUAAUGGUUUAGCUCCAGCUGGCAACUAAGUACCAUGCUGCUGCUCCCUCUUUCCCUCUGCGGUGGGAUGGGGAAGACAAUUGUAAAGAAAGAGGUAAAACUCAUGGGUUGAGAUAAAGGCAGUUGAAUAUAAGAGUGCUAACUGUUGAAGCCAGUUCUAGUUCCCUCACCGCUGCACUUUGCUUGGUUUCGUCAAAGUUCAUCCUUUGUUAAUUUGGAUGAUUCUUACUGUAAUACCAUUGAUAUGGCAUAUAGCGACUGUAGCAGUGAUGACAUACAGUGGCAGGGUUAUUUAGCAAUUAACAUCUUACAAUUUGAUUCAUUGGCUAUUCUCACCCAAAAUCAAAUCCCCAUGAGGUACACACUGGGCUUCCCUAUCCUUGUUCGGCAGCGUCUAAAGCCAUCUGGAUGGCUUUCACCUCUGCAAACGGGCUCAAUUCACCUUGUCCUUCAGCAGUUUGUGAUUGUUGUAUAGGACUCCACACAGCAGCCUUCCACCUCUGAUGUUUUCCCACAAUAUGACAGGACCCAUGGGUGAACAGGGCAUAUUGCUUCUCAUUUUUUGGCAGUUUACUAUACAGUGGGGCCUCUUCCACAGGUGUCACCUCUUCCUCUGGUGAUACUCCAAAAUCUUUGCCUUCUGGCCCGUCCAUGAUCACUUCCAAGAUUCCUGGGCAACUGGGGUUUCCCAUUCGAGCCUACUGUGUGAUCAGUGCAAUCCACUUAUUCCAUGUAGCAUCAGUUGCGUGAUGCGUAGAGGGGACCCUUUCUUUGCACAUCCCUCCCAGCACUGGCAGUUGAGGUGCUAAGAGGAGCCGUGCUUCUGUACCAACCACUUCUGAAGCAGCUCGAACCCCUUCAUAUGCUGCCAAUAUCUUUUUCACUUGGGGUAUAGUGGGCCUCACAUCCCCUAUAUCCCGAACCCCAAAACCCUGGGGGUCAACCACAAGUCUCCCCUGGUGCUUUCUGCCAGAGGCUCCAGGUAGGGCCAUUCUCCCUGGCUGUGGUGUAGAGCACAUUUUUAACACCUUGUCCUGCCCAGGCUGGUCCCAGAGCUACUGCAUGAACUAUUUCCUGUUUGAUUUGUUCAAAAGCUUGUCAUUGCUCAGGGCCCCAUUAAGAAUCAUUUUUCUGGGUCACUUGAUGGAGAGGGUUUACAAUUAGAGUGUAAUUUGGAAUAUGCACCUUCCAUGCCUAAGAAAGCUUGUUUCCUUCUUGCUAGUUGGUGGAGAAAUAGCUGCUGUUUUGUGGAUCAAAUCCAUUUGGAUCUGAAGAUGCCUGUUCCUAAAAACUGGAUCUCCUGUGCAGAUCCCUUGACCUUACUUUGUUUUAUGGCAAAAAUGCCUUUCAGAAAGCUUUGAACUAUUUUCUUCCCUUUCUCAUGAACAACUUCUGCUGUGUUGCCCCGUAUUAGGAAAAAAUUCUUCACAGAAAGAGUGGUCAGACACUGGAACAGGCUGCCCAGGGAGGUGGUGGAGUCACCAUCCCUGAACGUGUUUAAGACUCAUUUAGAUGUGGUGUUAAGGGAUACGGUGUAAGGGAGAACUUCGUAGAGUGGAGUUGAUGGUUGGACUCGAUGAUCCCAAGGGUCUUUUCCAACCUAUAUGAUUCUAUGAUGAUGUCGUCAAUGUAUUGCAGGUGUUCCGGAGCUUCACCCUGUUACAGGACAGCCUGAAUUAGUCCAUGGCAAAAGGGUAGGGCUGCCAAAGGGAUUGACAGAAACCCGCAUUAGUGAUAACAGUUGUAGCGUACCACUUGGCUGCCUUUGAUACAGUUUGUAUUGGAGUUCUAGUGUGUCUGGCACAGCAGCACUUCAUUCAGGCCAUGACAGUCUACUGUUAGUCUCCACUCCCCGUUAGGUUUUUGCACUGGUGUCGCAGAAGUGUAAGACUGACAAAAAUAUGUUCCAAAAAUUGGUUUUAGUGGUGUCAGGAAAAAGGUAGAAGAGUCAAACUGAACAGGAAUCUUAUAUUACAGACACCUGGGCAGACACUAACCGGUUCAGGAUGUCAGUUGGGAACUAAUAUUACAUGGUACGUAACUGAAUAUAAGCUUAGAACGAUGACUCAAAACGCACAAACCACUCACCUGUAAGGUGAGGACACUCAAUCCCGGGAAGUUAGUUUGGACGGUGUCCCAACCCAAAGGGAGGGCUUCCAAUUACAAGACCCCCCUGCUCUGAGGAGAACCACUCAAAGCGGGUCUCCAGUGGGUGCCCAGUUUUAUAGCCUGGGUCGGAUCGUCGGAUCUGAACUGUGGUCAUCUGUUUUGGGUUGUGGUCAUAUACAGCUCUGAUUGGUUGAGGGGUCUCCUCAAUAGGCUCAUUGGCUGAGGUGGUCUCUGGUGGCCUUGGGUAUCCGGGGUAUGUGGCUGGGGACUCUUUGCGUACAUGACCAGCAGCUCAUGUGCCUCCCGCCAAGCCAGCCACCAUGCCCCCUGUACCACACCGUUAGACCUGCAGGGGCAGGGAGCCAUCUCCCCAGCUGAGACACUGCUCCGUACAGGUGGGGUCAGAACCUGUCCUUGAAUCACUGGAACUCUUGGGACAGUUCUCAGACAGUUUUUCAGCUAAUGUGUCUGGCAGUUUCUCCACAGCUGAGGUGCAGGCCCAUAGGGAGGAAGUGAAACUUCCUUUGUAUUUCUGGAGUUGACCAGCCAGUUCACCCACUGUUUGUCCCUUGUUUUCUUUCCAAGAUAGUACAGCCAGUGAGUUGGCAUGCAAUGAUGGUGCACUCCACAGAAACUUCUGCCACAUGGGUUGUGUGCAUUGGACUUCAUCUGGAUCGGUGGGUAGUUGCUCGUUACUCAGAUCAUUCUAAAUCACCUCCAGCAUGGCUGAUUCCCUCAGGUACUGGAUGCCUCUCUCCAUGGUGGUCUACUUGCCUUUGGUCACAUGUAAGAGCUUCCUUGAAAAGGAGUACCUUUCCUUCACGCCUGACAGAAGUCCCCUCCAGAGGCUGGGGGCUUGUGUCUUUUUCCCAAUCACCUUGUUAAUGCCUCCUCUCUAGACAGGGAUUCCAGCUGCUUGACUUCCCUACUCUCUAAUCCCAAACUACUGGCCCCAUUAUCCCAGCAUUGGAGCAGCCAGUAACAAUGUGCUCACCUGGAUGGCAGCUGAAAUCUUCUCACCUAUCUUGCAGCUCACUCAGGGAUAGGGACUGGGUGAUUAUCUCUGGUCCUACCUCUUCUGUUCUCGCGAUGGCCCUGGUUCAUUGUGAUCUAAGCAAAUUGAAUUUUUUUGUGUAUUUCUUCUUAUGUACAGGGGCAACUGAUACCGGCACAAGUUGGUUUUCUGGUUCAGCUGGAGCGCCUGCCUUCGGGUUUUGAGUAGCCACAGCACCUGUUGCAGGGGUUGGAGUAGCCAUAAUGCCUGUCGCAGGGGUUGGAAUAAUCGCGGUACCUGUUGGUUUAUUUUCCCUCUCUUCUCCUGGAGGGUGCUGCACAGUAUCAUGCAGUGUUUGGUAGAUACUGGCCAGGGCCCAGCACAGCGCAGUAAGUUGUGCCUCCCUGGAAUAGCCACAGCAUUUUUCUUUCAAACAUUCUGUCACUUUAUAAGGGUCCUGUAGUCGUUCAUGAGUGAAGUAAGUUCCGACCAUUGGGGGUGAGUAGUUCUCUAGAUACUUGCCCAUAUUUUCCUGCAUGCCCUUACGCCUGUCACCAUACUUUGGCAGAGCCUCGGUCAUAUUCCUAAAUUGCUUGUUAACCUUAAACAAUUUUAAGACCAGAAACACAUUCAGAAGACAUAGAAAUAGGAACGUGCUGGCUUGAACAUCCUAAGAAUAUUAAAAAUUCUUAAGAGCUAUUGUAAUUAGCAUGGAGAAGAGGAAGAUGAAGGAAGGUGCCUCCACCACAGAUUGGCUCUCCGAGAAAAGGUAAAAAAUGCAAUCGUUGAUAGUUUCCACUAGAUGGCUCCCAAAGUACAAAGAUGAUGGCAAUUCUGAAUACAAAUACAAUAUUGGUCUUAAAAUCAAUGAUAUUUUUUUUAUACCAUAAGCCAGUGUUGCUCCAUACAGCAAAGCGGUAACCUUGAUCCAACUCCUACGAGUAGAGAGCGGCACAUAAAUACCGAUAAACAGCAUAUACAGCAAGUAAGGUGUUACAUAACUCUGAGAACAAAUAAAGCAACACUGUGACCUGCAACUAUUAAACUAAUAUAAUCAUAGGAUGGUUCGGGUUGGAAGGGACCUUAAAGAUCAUCCGGUUCCAACCCCCCUGCCAUGGGCAGGGACACCUCCCACUAGACCAGGCUGCUCAAAGCCCCAUCCAGCCUGGCCUUGAAUUCUUCCAGGGAUGGGGCAUCCACAGCUUCCCUGGCCAACCUGUUCCAGUGUCUCACUACCCUCACAGUAAAGAAUUUUUUCCUAAUAUCUAAUCUAAAUCUUCCUGUCUUUCGGUUUAAAACCACUACCCCUCAUCUUCUUGCUCUUCUCCACUCCAUUCCCUAUAAGGUCUCCCCGGAGCCUUCUCUUCUCCAGGCUGAACAACCCCAACCGUCUUCAUAGGAGAGGUGCUCCAGCCCUCUGAUCAUCUUUAUGGCCCUCCCAGUGGACCCGUUCCAACAGGUCCAUGUCUUUGUUGUGGUGAGGACUCCAGAGCUCCAGGUGGGGUCUCACCAGGGCGGUGAAUGCUUAUUACAAAUACAACAUGUUUUAACAUGUUCUGUUCAGAUCUGGUUUUAUCUCAACCCUUUGAGCCUCCUGUUGGGUGCAUAAAAGGACUGUCAUGGUUUAGCUCCAGCCAGCAACUAAGUACCAUGCGGCGGCUUGCUCAUUCCUCCCCUCCCCAGUGGGAUGGGGAGGAGAAUCACAAAGAAGGAGGUAAAACUUGUGGCUUUGGGAUAACAACAGUUUAAUAGAACAGCGGAGGAAGAGAAAAAUGAUAACAAUAAUACUGAUAGAAGAAUAUACUAAGCAAAUGAUACACAGUGCGAUUGCUCACCACCUGGAACCUGGCACUCAGCCCAUUCUGGAGCAGCAAUCCCCGUUCCCUGCCCUUUCCCCACGCCCCACCACCACCACCCUGCCCUCGCCUUGCCCCCGGCCAACGCCCCCAGUUUUAUACUGAGCAUGAUGUCAUACAGUACCAAAUAUCCCUUUGGCUGGUCUGGGUCAGCUGUCCUGGCUGUGCUCCCUCUCAGCUUCUGCUGAAAGUUAACUCUGUCCCAGCUGAAACCAGGAAAGAUGGCUUGUCAUGUUAGCAUGCCUUUGGUACUCCUUUUAUAGGUAAUUGUAAUUCGAUUUUCCUAUGCCAAAUACAUUUUCACAAUACUUUUUUUCUAUAUUGAGUUCCACUGGAUUGUGUGUAUGACUGACUCUGUAGCGCAAGAUGCUGGUAUUUUCAUCCUUUACUUUGUUAUAUGUAUGAGUAGGAAUCCAUUUAUAUAUUUUUUGAGUGUUUCUUCUGAAAGCUACUUUGAUUUUUUGAGGUUCGAUACUGCCCUGCUCUGAGAAUUGCAUCAGUUCUGAUGACUCCCUUUUCAGCCGGAGAAUAUAUACCUACUGUUGAACAUAGCAGAAAAUCCCUGACAAGCUAACGGCUUUGAGGUUUUAAUAGUAAAUUGAUACAUCUCUACUUGAAAUUUCAUUUACCUACAGUAACUUAAAUGUAUUAUAGAAUUUUUUUUAAUGCACUUUUUCAUUGUACAUACCAAAAAGACCUAAUUCCUCCAAGUUACUUGUAUCAUUAAAAAAUACAGACUACCUUAAAUGGCUUUAUUCCUGUGAGUUCAAAGACAUGAAGUUGUGCGCUCCAGUGUUCUUGUUCUGCAUCAGAGCAGGUAUCUGGUCACCAAAGAAAAAAGAUUAGAAAUGUUGAAAAGAUCAAUUAUAACUCUGAGACUUUGAAGUAACAGUGCCAAAAGAGGGAGUGCUGUAGUGCAGAUUCUUGUCUGCUUUGCUACCUGAUCAAGAGCAAAGAGCGGAGUUCGGUUCCGUACCGUCAUUCUAAAAGAGCUUUUGGCUGUCUGGAUUUAGUCUCAUUUUUGCCUUGCACAUGUUGUGGUGCAAAAUGGCCCCUUUAAAGGCCGUGCAUCAGUGAUGCACUUCAGCUUUUAGCCAACAAAGCAAGUCAGAGUGGAACAGAUCUUCUUGCAAGAGUUUCUUGCUGCUAGGCUUCUCAGGGGUAGAAAGAAAGAUUGAAUAAAGUUUUCUGAAAAACAGGUAUCUCAUCAUCUAUAGGAUUGGUAUCUCUACUAGAGAGUAGCUCCUCCCUUGCCAGAUGGGGGUGUGGGCAUGUCUUUUAGUGGAAUAUUUAAAUUUUUUCUGGAGAGCACCUGCUGCAGUUCUGGUAAUGUCACUUCCGAGGCUGUCUUUAGCUGUUCCUUCCAUCCAUGCCAGUCAUGCAACAGCUUCGCUUUCUUUGUAGAUCCCAUACGCCAACUUUUCUGUGGGUAACUUGCUAGCGUUUGUUGCAUAAUGUCUUAUGCUGCUGGUAACACUUGAAAAGGCUUUUCUAAAGUUCAGUUUUAUAUUAAGAAUAAAUACGUAACUUGUUUUCUGUGUCAGAAUAUGAGAAAACUAUUCUGUAGAGAGAAAUUACUGCUGCAGUUGCAUCUGCAAAGUUAACUGCUACAUGAAAACAGGUGAUGCCCCUAAGCACACAAUGACAGGGAAUUUUUCCUUGGCCCUGUCAUGAGCAUUAAAUCUUGUAUUCUAAAAAAUCUAUAUAACUCUAACAUUAUUAGAAUUACACUUCAUAUUUAUAUUCAAUAUUUGCAGGAUAUAUUAUCUGAGUCUUCAUGUUCCAGCUGUAUGUUGGAAUUCAUGCACUGGAAACCCAUGUUAUCUGUUAGCGACUGGAAUUCUUUUUGGUUUUAGAUCAUUAAAAAAAGGAGUUUGACUACAUGGACUUUAAUUCCAGAGAUUAUGUGGAAAAGACAAAAUUUUAUCAUGAAGAUUGUCUUUGUGGUCAAACUCAUACUUUUAAAAUAUUUUUAUGUAUGAUUCCAACAUAUGAAUUUAUAGGAAUCAAUAAACUUAUUUUUUAAUAUUUUUUUCUUCUGUUGGCUCGGUAUCGCAGCACUAACAGAGUGCUAAAAUGCUAAUGCUAAAAUUAUGUCUCUACAAAAAGUAGCAAGGAUUCAUGGCACACUGCUCUUGGAAAGGCCGGGGAAACAUUCAGAGGUUUUGACUUUGAAUCUGGAGGUUGAUUACCGUGGGAAUAAGUGGGCCAUGCCUGAGGCACCUUUGAAAUAAGCUCCCUCUAAAGAGAGGGGAAUGAGUGGGAAAAUUUGAAAGGAUGUAGCUUCUUUCUGAUGUGUGUUUCCAAACUGAUAUGUAUUUGUGCUUCAGUGGAAUUGAUUAUUUUUGAAAAACACAAAUGUUUGCCAGAACUGUGUCUCAAUUCUUCACAAGAUGCUUCUUGAGCUGUCACCUUUUGCAAAAAAACCCCACAUACAUGUUUUAAGUGAAAGAUACAGAACACUCAAGACCAAAUUUUGUCAUAUAUUUAAGCUGAAAGGCGGUUAAUAAACUUCAGGAGCGUUUCCCCGGCAUGACUGCGAUACACGAUGUUGAGAUUCUUCUUGCAGAAGGGUUUAUCAGUUCCAGGUCUUCCCUGGUUUUGAUAAGGUGGUUAAUGGAGUUAGCGAAGGCCACAUGAAUUCAUCUGCAGGAAAAAGCCUAGGUCAGUACUUUGAUGUAUCAUAAAUUAAGUGAUCAGGCUAAAUAGUAUGCAGCUGUAUGCACGUGAAUCUGGAUAUGUUACCUAGAAUAAGCUAAUGGACAGUAAUUAUCAGAUUGCUGGCAAAUGACACCUGUUACAGAAAUUCUUUAAAGAAGAGUGUGAGGGAGAAAUCACUUAAUUCCAUUUGAUUAACGGCAAAAAUCUUUCUAGUACUGUCAGAACAUAAAAGAACUCUGGUAUCUUAUAGACCUGAAAGCAAAACUGACGUGACGAUUAGGGACAUUGUUUACCAAUGUAGAACUACAGAUGACGCACAAAAAAUAAUUGGGGAAGUAAGAAUGUUCAGUUCUCUGCUUUGUUUUUAUGCAGUAAUUUGUACCAAAGAGGAUGAAACGAACGGGCACCAGUCGAAACUCUUCUCAUAAGUUAAAAGAUGAAACGUGUUAACAGUAUUACUGAUCUAACACUGCAAAUUAAAAGGCAGUGCACUACAUCCAUUGUCUAGCACUGCAUAUUAAGAAAAUGUGAAGAUAAAUUAGCCUGCUGAAGUGCCUUUCUCUUCCAUCAGACUUAUUUUAUCAGUGGGACACCUGACUAUCUGAAAAGCACACUAUGGUAUGUUUUCUGUUAGCCAAAACCCCCGCAGCGCAUACUUACAGUUAUGUAGCUUUUAUAAUAUUUUAAAAAGCAGAUCUAGUGGUUUUUAUGUUGGAAUACUGACUCCUGCAUGUUGAUGAUGAUGGUAACUGUUGUAAACCCUGGGGUUUUUUGUAUUUUAUGUUUGAAAAGAAAUUAAAAAAAAAAAAUAUCUUUAGCAAUCUGAACAGUAGUAUCUUUUUAAAAUCUACAUAUGGGAUCUGUUUGAACUUCAUAAGUCAAGAGUAAGCGUCUUGAAGUCACUGGAUUUACAGGUAUGAAACUGGGAUUUUAAGUUCAAAAAUGAAACGAAUAUAUGUUUAUAUAUAAAAACUAUUAUAAUGAUAAAAAUCCUUUUUUCAGCUGUUAAUCUUCCUUGCCAGUGAAAACAGAAAGUGUAUGGAGACAGGUACUUAAUUCUUAUUUUCUAGAACCAAUUUUUAUCUCAAUGUGGAGCCUAACCUGCAUUGUUCAUAUAACCCAAGUUUCUGCUUUUUAAAUUAUAUUUUUUUUAAUUCAGUGGAAUUAUGCGAAACACAGCACUGUGCCUACAGUUAAAAAUGAGCAUUCUUUUAUAGCAGUUCGCACUAAUUUGUGCCACUCUUUGAACAGUAGGCAACUAUAUUUGUGUUAAAGAAUUUAUAUGAAAGGUGGUUUAAAUGACUUUAAUCUGAGCUUCAUUUUUUUUUAAAACCUGUAUUCAGUGUGUUCUGAUUACCAAAAAAAAUGGCUUCAGUUUUUUUGGGUUUUGUUUUGUUUUUUUUUUUUUUAAGACUGGCAGGGGAAAACUCUGUCACUAUUUUUAGUAUUAGCACUCUCAGCUUGAAAACUAUUUUACCAAAUUAUUUUUUUUUUCCAGUCAUUUUAAGACUUAUUGAACAUUCCUAUAUUCCCCCUCCCCAAAAUGUACUGGUACUUUAUUCCCCGGUUAAUUGAUUCAAUUCCUUUGAAGCACUUAUUGCACUUCAGUCCAUGUUAGAAUAGUAAUAUUUUUACAACAUCUUAAUAUUGUGUAGAAAGGCACUUUUUAGUGCUCAUUAGAGCAUGGAGUUCAUAAAAAGCCCGGCUCUACAAUGCUGACACAUAGGUGAACUCAUGGCACUGACUGUGCUCACCACCUUGCACACUGGAGCCUUAUAUUCAAUGAACACUUCAUUACCUUGGAAAUCAUUUUCGACAACACUCUAGUAUGGGUAUUGUUCAUGUAAAACAUUCUUGAUAUUCAGCAUCCUGGUUUGAAGUAUUUCUACCUUUUUCUAUUUUGUCAGAGGUGUCUUUUCAUCUCUAUUUACUACAGUAUCAGUGUUUCUGUUGCUGAAAAUGUAACUAAGAUUUGUAAAAUGUUAUAGCUUAUGCAAUAUAAUAAAAGUUUUAA